GAAUGACUGCUCGCUUUGUGAUUCUUGUUCCGGAACUUGUUACCCAGGAACCCCGGAAGAGGUAGCUCGGGCGAUAGAAACGUGUUCGCUGCCCAGAAGAAGGGAAGGCGCGAGUGAGGAAAGGAGGUACUGUAGUUACACUUCCAGAAAAUUCAGUAUGGACAGUUUCCGACUUAGGAUUUUUCAACUUUACAAUGGUAUGAAAGCGAUACCCAUUCAGUAGAAACUGUACUUGGAGUUUUGCAUUUUGGUCUUUUUCUGGCCUAGUGAUAACGUGGUACAGUACACUUUUGUGAUGCUGGGCAGCAGCAGUGAGCCACAGCUCGCAGUCACCCAUGUGAUCACGAGGGUAAACAACCCAUCCUCUACAUUAUACUUUGUUGCCAGCUUUUUUGGAUAUUGUGUUUUGUGUUUUCACAUUCCAUCAUGUCUACAAAAUGUCCAUCAGUGUCUUCUGUUCCUGGUGAAGAAGAGGAAGGCAAUUACUCUUGAAAUGAAACUCAAGAUAAUUGCCCAGCAAGAAGGCGACAAGCCAGUAAUGGCUAUUGCAUGUGAGUUAGGACUUUUGCAAUCCACAAUUUCAACCAUCUUAAAGGAUAAGAAACGAAUCAGUGAUGCAGCGAAAUCAUCAGCAUCAAUUAAGUCACUGUCAUCACAAAGAAAAGAGCUGGGCUGAUUGAUGAUAUGGAAAAAUUACUUGUUAUAUGGAUGGAAGACCAGCUAUAGAAGCAUAUACCACUUAGCGUACUGUUGAUCCAGGCUAAGGCAAGAAGUCUUUUUAAUAUGCUAAAAGACCAUGCCAGUGAUCCUACAUAUACACAAAUGUUUAAAGCAAGUCAUGGAUGGUUCCAGCGCUUCAAAAGGCGUCAUAAUUUUCACAAUGUGAAGGUCGGUGGUGAGGCAGCACAUUAAGAAACAGCUACAUAGAAUAAUUGUGGCUGAAGAUCUUUGCAAUUAGGAGCUUAUUGAACUGGAGGAAGAAAGAAGUAAAGGAAUUAAGGCAGUGGAAAAUGAAACCCACGGCACCUAGAAAGUUCACAGCAAAGAAACUGGCAGAGGCAUUUGCUGCUAUCAACAGUGGCCUGCAGAUGUUAGAAGAAAUGGAUGUCAAUUAUGAGAGAUUUGCUACAGCUGACAGGCAGAUAUAGGAUGCUCUUGCUUGCUACAGAGAGAUAUAUAAUGAAAAGAAGAAACAAGCUGUACAGUUACAACUUGGUAUCUUCCUGAAGAACAACACUGUGCUUGCUAAACCAUCAACUAAUGUUGAUGUCCCAGUGCCUUCUACCACCUAUUCUCGAUGUUCAUCAGAAGAGAGAGAAAUUGAGGACCGUAUUGCUACAGCAUCCCCAUCAUCCAGCAAUUCUAUUUCAGUGCUUCAAAUAUUUUUCAGGACCACUGUGCUUUCAAGCUGUGUACAAUAAUGGCCUGUUAAUGUGACAGUGAUGAGGGUAACUUCUUUGAAACCAUCUCCAUCGAGAACCACUGCAUUGUGAAAACACCGAUUAGCACUGUUUUCCAGGAAAGGGAUGCCCUUCAAAUCCUUGGUUAUGGAAUAUUUGGCUCAUCCCAGUGCACUCAGCUUGGCUGUUGGAGUUGCUUGUGGCAUAUGCCUGGGCUGGAGCCUCCGAGUACGCUUUGGGAUGUUCCCCAAAAGCAGGAUGAGCAAGAUACACACAGAGACUGAAACUGAAGCAAGCAUCUUGGGAGAAAGUGGGGAGUACAAGAUGAUUCUUGUGGUUCGAAAUGACUUAAAGAUGGGAAAAGGGAAAGUGGCUGCCCAAUGCUCUCAUGCUGCUGUUUCAGCCUACAAGCAGAUUCAAAGAAGAAAUCCUGAAGUGCUCAAACAGUGGGAAUACUGUGGCCAGCCUAAGGUGGUGGUCAAAGCUCCUGAUGAAGAAACCCUGAUUGCAUUAUUGACCCAUGCGAAAAUGCUGGGAUUGACUGUAAGUUUAAUCCAAGAUGCUGGACGUACUCAAAUUGCACCAGGCUCUCAAACUGUCCUAGGAAUUGGGCCAGGACCAGCAGACCUAAUUGACAAAGUCACUGGUCACCUAAAACUUUACUAGGUGGACUUUGAUAUGAUGACAGCCCCUCCAUCACAAGUGAUUGAAGCCUGUCAAAUUCUGACAAAAGCUGAAUUUCUUCUCCCAACUUAAAAAUGUUCUUGAGAUGAAAAUAAAACCUAUUCCCAUGUUC